AUGGACGGUGACGCAGCCCACUUCCGUACAGAUAACCAGUGUGUCUCCCUGUACCCCCGAGGGGUGGACUCUGCGGCAGUGGCUCCUGCAACGCCCAAGAUGUCCAGGCCUGUUCAGGCUGCCCUGGCAUUUAUGGCUGUGAUCGUGGUCUCCUCUCUUGUGGCUUUCUUUGUUGUGGGUGUGAGACACCACACCCGGCCUAUUCCCUCCGAAGUCUUAAGCACACUCUGGUUGGCCCACCUGAUACUUCCCCAUGUCAUGGGCCUCUUUGUCUGCCUUCUCCUCUUCCUCCCUCCAGAAUACCACAACUUUGGCAGGGAGGCAAAGGUGCAAGAGGUUAUCCAGAUGUUGAUGAGUUGCAUGGAAAAUUCCAGCACCGGGCAUAUGUUGAAGUGCAGAGUGGACAACGUCAGUUCUCAGCUCCAGGUGUUCGGGGGUCACCUUGGCAAUGUCAAUGCUGACAUCCAGGUGGUAAAAGGCGUUCUAAAUGACGUCACUGCCUUGAGUUUGCAGACCCAGAUGUUAAGGAGUUCCUUGGAGGGGGCCAGUGCUGAGAUCCAGAGGCUCAAGGGAGGCCUGGAAGAGGCAAACACUUUGACUUCCCAGACCCAGAGUUUCUUGAAAAGCAGUUCUGAAAACACCAGCAUUGAGCUCCACGUGUUAAGCAGAGGCUUAGAAAAUGCCAACUCUAAAAUUCAGAUGUUGCAGACAGAUUUGGAAGUGGCUAAUGCUCAGGCUUGCUUAGCAAAUAGUAGCUUAGAGAAUACUAAUGCUGAGAUCCAUGUUUUGAGAGGCCAUCUGGAUAGUGUCAUUGACUUAAGGACCCAGAACCAGGUUUUAAGACAUAGUUUGGAAGGAGCCAGUGCUGAGAUCCAGGGGCUUAAGGGAAGUCUGCAAGAAGCAAAAGCUUUAAACUCCCAGACCCAGACCUUGAUAAAAGGCAGUUUAGACAACAUCAGUGCUGAGAUCCAGUUAUUAAGAGGUCAUUUGCAAAGGGCUGGGGAUGAGAUUCAUUUGUUAAAAAGAGAUUUGGAAACUGUCACCGCCAAGACCCAACUUGCAAAUGGCCGUCUGGACCAGACAGAUGCUCAGAUCCAAGUAUUCAUCGCAGAGAUGGAAAAUGCCAAUGCCUUAAACUCCCAGAUUCAGGUGUUAGAUGGUCAUUUGAAAAAUGUCAGCAGAGAGAUAAAGACUCUAAAACAAGGAAUAAAGAAGGCGGAGGCCUUAAGUUCUCAGACCCAGCUGUUAGAGAGCAAUCUGCAGAAGGCCCGUGCCCAAAUCCAAAGCUUAACAAAGGAUUUAGAGAACAUCAGAAGUCUGACUGCAAAGAUCCAGGAGGAGCAGAGUCGCCUGAAGACCCUCCAUGAGACCAUUGCUUCACAGGAGCAAUUGCAAAGAACCCAGAAUCAUCUUCUCCGGCUGAUCCUGCAAGGCUGGAAGGUCAACAGUGGAAGCUUGUACUACUUUUCUCUUGUCAAGAAGUCUUGGCACGAGGCUGAGCAGUUCUGUGUGUCCCAGGGAGCCCACCUGACAUCGGUGACCUCUGAGGAGGAACAGACAUUUCUGACACAGUUCACAAGUCAAUUUUACCACUGGAUCGGCCUCACUGACAGGGGCACAGAGGGCUCCUGGCGCUGGACAGAUGGGACACCAUUCGAUAAUGCCCGGAGCAAAAGGUGA